GGAAUUUUGGGAAGAGUUGGAAAAUUCUUUCACAGCUCGACAGGAACACGGCCUGUCAUUCACAGACCUGUCACUACCCCCUCGUAUACGACUCUUGGCGAGUCCAAGUAAACUUCUUUCAUCAAAGUUCUUCUGUAUCUCCUACUCCUCACCAGGCCCAGACAAUUCAGUCUUCAUCCAGGAAACGCGCUGAUAAGGACAACCCCGAAGUUCGCGUAAAGUGGAACACGAAAUUACCACGAGUCCUGUGACCUGAAGCUUAUCAGACCUGCAUCAAUCAUCUUAGCACCACUUUGAAUAACGUUGUCAAUAAAGAGGUUCUGCAUGCAAUAUGGCGGAUAGAAGGUCAACAAGAAAUCAGAUAAGGGGCCCCCAUUCUGCGCUCACAGAUUUCUUAGCUUCCAACAACAUCUCCGCCGCUCAGAUUCAUCAAGACUACCAAAGACGAGUGAGACAAGCCGAGCGAGAGGCGGCUGCGAAUGAACCGGCAGAUGAACUCGAGGAGGAAGAUGAAUAUGAAGACAAUGAAGACAAUGACGGCGAAACGGCCGAGCAGAGAAAGAAACGCAAGCGAAAGGAGGCAGCGACGCUCGCAAAGAUCAAGCAGAGCAAGGAGUUCGCUCGCCGCAAAGCCCGCCGCACUGGGGAACCCGAUGAUGACGACGAUGUCAUAGCUAGAGAGAUGAUGUAUCAAAAAUCCCGACCAAUGCCAGGCCAACUUGAGAAUUGUGAACUGUGCAAUAAGCGUUUCACGGUCACUCCAUACAGCAAAACCGGCCCCAGUGGUGGUCUCCUCUGCGCCAAAUGUUCCAAAGAGGUAGCAGACGAUGAAAGAAAGUCAAAAGCUAAGAAGCGAGGGCCGAGAAGUGGUCGGCGGCAGAAUCAAAGCAACUUGCUCGACGGAAUUGUUCAGCAAGGUGCUCUCAGUUUGGUCGAGAUGUGUGCAAAGAAAGUUGCUGAUAACCACAACGACAUCGAAGAAUUUGGGGACUUACCGUCACGGUUGCUUCGGCGCCUUAGCCAGAUAUUUUCCAAGAGGCGGAUUCUUACGUCAAGGACUUUGGACUUGUUCCUACGACCUGAAUUGAAUUUCAUUGACAUCUACGAUGCGGCUAAACUCGAAACGGACGACUUUCACAAAAUAUUCGCUAUUAUGCCGGCCUUGAAUCGUGUCAAUCUCCGAUUUGCGGGCCAAAUCAAAGACAGAGUCGUUGAAUACAUGAUUGACCGGGAUCUCCAAGUCAGGCAACUGCAGUUAGAUGCCGCUAACCUUGUCUCUGAUCCUUAUUGGCGGCGGCUCUUCCAGAAAUUGGGAUCACAGCUCGAAAGCCUGAAACUGUCGAAUCUCGACUUUUCCUUUGAUGACGAAACCGUGGAGACACUGUGUAGAAACUGCACAGCCCUCAAAAGACUGAAGCUCAAGCAGUGCUGGAAAAUAGGUAGCAAUUCUCUACGGGCAAUUUCAACUUUACCAACGCUUGAGCACUUGUCUCUCGAUACUGUCCAAGAGUUCGAGAUUGAGCCCUUUUUACUGAUGGUGAAUACGCUUGGCCCGAGUCUACGCACACUAUCCCUGGAGGGCUUCCGCAACGCUGAUGAUCGGCUUUUGGAUCUUAUUCAUGACAAAUGUCGGUUGCUCUCAAAACUUCGCUUUUCAGACAAUACUCUGUGCAGCGACAGAGGCUUUGUCGACCUGUUCACGAAUUGGGCCAAUCCUCCCUUAAGAUUCGUGGAUUUGUCUUCCACGCGAGACGUGGAUAAUGCUAACCCUGAUGGUCCUGUCGAGGCAAUUGGACUUGCAUCUCAAGGGUUCAUUGCGCUCAUGAACCACUCAGGCUCGACCCUUCAGAUACUGAACAUCUCAUCGUGCCGACAUAUAUCGCGUGCUGCUUUCGAGGAGGUGUUUUCAGAAGAAAAGACAUACCCGUUCCUGCAGGAACUGGACGUAUCCUUUCAUACGGUCAUGGAUGAUUUCCUCAUUGGUAAAAUAUUCCAAUCCUGUCCAGCGAUCAAGAAAGUUGUGGCUUUUGCAUGCUUCAAUGUGCGCGAUGUCCAGGUUCCAGUUGGCGUUGCAUUGGUUGGAGGCUUGAAGGCCCAGCACUCCAUUGUCAUCGACGGCCCAGCGUCUGGUUAAUCAGAUCAUCUAGGCAAAAGACUUUCCAAGAUACUUUAGGACAAGGCAUGAAGCUAAGGGGAUGACAUAUCUGCGUUCCAUGUGGCGUAAUGGGUGAGCCUAACCAGACUUUCGCCUCUGGUCCUUUCUUCAAGCGUUACAGUGUUACAUUAUGUUAUAGCUUGCUGCAUGAAGUGCUUAACUUAACAACCUUGCAAGGAAGCUCUGUUUAGCCCCAACACAAGCCAGCAAUAUCAUAGUAGGAUG